AUGGCCUCGACUCGAGCUCUCGUACGGCCUCUGUGCACUAUAGGGGCUCGGCCAGUUGCCUCUUUCUACAGACCAUGUGUCCGUUCCAUUGCGACAACCUCCAAUGCCCAGGCCUCAGUGGCCGCCGGAUCUGCUGAAGCUCCCAAGAAGCGCAAGCCACUUACCAAGGAGCAGAGUGACUUUCUUGACUCAGCUCUUCGCGUCAACCAAGCCGGCGAGCUCGCUGCCGUCCUCAUCUACGCCGCCCAGUCCCCCGUCAUCCUCCGCUCAAAGCCACACCUCCGCAAGCUGAUGGCGCACAUGUACGACCAGGAAGACGGCCACUUCAAGACCUUCAACAGCCUCAUUCACAAGCACCGCAUCCGACCUACCGCGCUCUACCCCCUGUGGUCCGUCAUGGCUACAGGUUUGGGCUGGUCAACCGCCAUGAUGGGCUAUGAAGCUGCCAUGGCCUGCACCGAAGCUGUCGAGACCGAGAUUGGGGGUCACUACAAUGAGCAGAUUCGAACGCUGUUGGAGAUGAUCACUCAGUGGGAGGCCGAGGGUUAUGAAGUCGGCGAAGAGCUAUCAGAGCUCGUCAAGACCCUUCGAAGGAUUAGGGACGAAGAGCUGGAGCAUCUAGAUCAUGCCGUCGAGCAUGACGCAAGAAAAGCAGAGCCACACUGGCUACUCACCGGUGUCAUCCGAGCAGGCUGUCGGGGUGCCAUCUGGGUGAGCGAGAGGGUGUGA